AGCCAACAGUACUUCCGGUCCUAAACUAGCACCGCUGGCUUGAUUCAACACGGUCCAUCAGUGGCGCUGAGCAGAGAGAAGAGUCCAGGUGGCUACGAGGAUGGUUUGCGUUUACGCUCUGUUGCGCCUGUCAGGAUAGACGGGAUAAAAAUGUCAGCAGUAACUUCAGUUUUCACUGUUUGUUAGACAAAAAGCUUCGUGCGGUUUUUAUUUCUCCUCUCUGUGCGCAGUAAGUAAAGAAUUUGUCAACUGAAAACCCGCGAAGAAGUUGGACGUCAUUUAGUGAGGCUUGUGUCUGCUCUUCCCUCCUGCACUGAGGUGACUCAGGUGUGGAUGUGCAGUGUGACUGGGUGUCAGCGUCUUCAACAGGAUUAGUGGAAGCAGACAUCUGGACAAGGCUGCCAUAAUUUAGUUCGACUGGGUUGUGGUGAUUCGUUGUGAUCUCAGACCAUGGCCUACACUCUAGGCUCAGCCACAGAAGGCCAGACGCGCAGUGUCGCACCUCAGCACUGCGUCACUCGGGUGGAGCUGUCCGUCACUGCAUCCAGCCUCCUGGACCGAGAUGUAGCCUCCAAAUCUGACCCCUUCUGUGUUCUCUUCCAAGAAGUGGAUGGAAACUGGGUGGAGCUUGGCCGCACUGAAACAGCUGUGAACAACUUGAACCCAGUGUUUGGAGUGAAGUUUCAGGUGGACUACCACUUUGAGGAGAUCCAGAAGCUUCGCUUCGCCAUGUUUGAUGAAGACAAGUGUGCCACACAGCUCUAUGAACAUGAUUUCUUGGGAGAAUUCAUUUGUACUCUUGGAGUGAUUGUGUCCAACAAGAAACUUCAUAGGCCGUUGAUCUUAGCCAAUGGCAAGCCAGCUGGCAAAGGAUCUAUUACGAUAACAGCUCAGGAGCUGUCUGACAACAGAAUCAUCACUUUGACCAUGAGUGGGCGUAAACUGGAUAAGAAGGACUUUUUUGGAAAAUCAGACCCCUACCUGGAGUUUCACAAACAGGGAGAAGAUGGCAAGUGGAUGCUGGUGCACAGGACAGAAGUCAUAAAGAACACUUUAGACCCAUCAUGGAAACCCUUCACUGUGCCGCUUAUUUCUCUCUGCAAUGGAGAUGUUGACCGAAACAUCAAGGUUCUGUGUUAUGACUAUGAUAACGAUGGAGGCCACGACUUCAUAGGAGAGUUUCAAACCACGGUUGCCAAGAUAAGUGAAGCCCAAAACUCAGUGGAGGUGGAGUUUGACUGCAUCAACCCCAAGAAACAGAAGAAGAAGAAGAAUUAUAAAAACUCUGGAAUUAUCAUUGUCAAGUCAUGCAAGAUUAUAAGAGACUACACAUUUCUGGAUUACAUAUUGGGUGGAUGCCAGCUCAUGUUUACAGUUGGUAUAGACUUCACAGCAUCUAACGGGAACCCUCGAGAGCCCUCCUCCCUCCACUACAUUAACCCACUGGGCACCAAUGAGUAUCUCGCUGCUAUAUUAGCUGUGGGACAAAUCAUACAGGAUUAUGAUACCGACAAAAUGUUUCCUGCUCUGGGAUUUGGAGCCCAGCUCCCACCAGACUGGAAGGUGUCACACGAAUUUGCCAUCAACUUCAACCCCACCAACCCUUUCUGUUCAGGUGUGGAAGGUAUUGCCCAGGCUUACUCUGCCUGUCUCCCUCACAUUCGCUUCUAUGGCCCAACAAACUUUGCUCCAAUCAUAAACCAUGUAGCACGUUUUGCUGCCCAGGCACUUCAACAAGAGAAAGCAGCGCAGUACUUCACUCUCCUCAUUAUAACAGACGGUGUCAUCAGCGAUAUGGACGAGACGCGUCAUGCCAUUGUACAGGCAUCUAAGCUACCCAUGUCCAUCAUCAUCAUUGGUGUGGGCAAUGCAGACUUUGCUGCCAUGGAGUUUUUAGAUGGCGACGCAAGCGUUUUGAGGUCCAACACGGGAGAGGAGGCUGUUCGAGACAUUGUGCAGUUCGUUCCUUUCAGGGAUUUCCGUAAUGCGCCCAAGGAGACCCUUGCUAAGUCUGUCCUGGCCGAGCUGCCUCAGCAGGUAACGCAGUACUUUAAACAGCGGAAUCUACCGCCCAUCAAUCCUGCACCGGAGUGAGAUGCCCCAAAGACAAGAGACCCCAUAGUGUACAAUAGCUCAGCAAAACCUCUGUUCUUAACAGCAAACAGUACAGAAUGAAGGUGUGUAUAUCAGCUGUGAACAAAAAUAAGUUGUGGACAAAAAAUAUAUAUAUAUACAUAUAUAUAUAUCAAACACUGAAGACAUUCCUGACAUUAUUUUACUGGUGAAAGAAUGUUGUCAAUAUACAGUGUGAGUUCAUCAGAAGUGAUAUUCUCUGUUUCUUAAAGCUUUUCCAAUACACAGAACUGUGAUGAUAAUGUAUAAAGGACCUUGCAUGUCAACAGUGAUGGCAGGAGAAUCCAAACGAUAUGGAUAUAUAUGAAUAUGCAGAAAAAAAAACGCUGGCCUUUUUUUUUUUAAUUGAUGAAACAUAUGAGAAAAAAUAUGAGAAAAAUAUGAUGUAUCAGGAUGUUGUUUUUUUUUGUUGUUGUUUUUUUUGGGGGGGGGGGGGUUGUUUAUUUGAUUUCUGCAUAUGUGAGUCUCGUGAAAGAUGCCCUGUGAUACUCCUUGGUGUAAAGUCCUUCUUAAGCUAAAAUAUAUCAGUGGCUGAACCCCUUCCCGUUGUCAUAUGGAUCAGGUAGCGAUCAGAUGAAGGCUGUUUGCUUUUGCGCUCACGUGUGACAGACUCACAGCCUGAGCCUGAACAGAGCACUGUCACUUCAUUGUCAGGGGGAGGUUUUAAUGUUGAUCACCAGCCCGUCUGAGAGGCAGGUUUUAAUGCUGCACUAUGCUUAUUUGAUUGAACAGCCAUAGUGGCAGCUGUAGCACUAACAGGACAGAUUUUGGAAACUAUGUGAACUAUUUAGGCUGUUCAAUAUGGUGCCAUUUUGUUAGAUUUUGCCUUCCUUUGAUUUUUAAUGACUUUGGUUCAUUCUGCAUGUUGCCAACAGCAGCUCAGUGUUGCUGAUGAUCCCAAAUGCAUGAUUUGGUUUUCCUACUCAAAAUAUAUAUGUAUCAGAUUUUGUAAAUAUUUUAAUGAGAUCCUCUAGAAACUGAAGGAAGAGUUACAUGGCAUAGAAAGUGUCAGACAAGUCUGUGAGUGACACAGUUUAAGGAGUGGAAACAGAAGAGGAGUUUCUGAUAUGCAUAUAUAUUGAAUGUAUAUUUAUAUGGCGCUUAUUAUGUUCUGACAAGCCAGUGUUUCAGACAUGUUUUUACUGUACUUUUUAUGCAGUGCUGAACUGUGUAGUUAAACUACUAUGUGUAUUGCUGUGCAUCUUUGUACUAAAUGUCUUGCUAUUGAUUUUAUAAAGUUGUGUCUAUGUCACACUCAGGUUAAUAAACCGCAGGAUAUAUC